AUGACUAAGUAGCUCAGGAGGUUAGACUAUUGUAUAGAUUUUACUUUCCAGACGAAAAGAUAUCAUAAGAUUUCAAAGUUCUUUGCGAUAAAUACAAGAAGGUCACAGAAAUAAGAAAAAACAUUUAUAAUUCCAGAAAUCAACUCUGAUAAUAUUUAAAAUUUUAACUAAUUUAAUUAUAAAUAAAUACUUUCUUUUAUUUUUCAAAUAUAUUAACAAUUUACAUGUAAACUUAUUGACUGCAUUUUUUCUAUUUAUUUCUGCUGCUUUUUUUGUUUCACCAUAAAAUUAUUUGCUAAUAAAGAAACCAUUUUUGUAAUUUAUUUUAUAUUCUUUUGUUUUCAAUUUUAAUUUACAAUAUUUUUUAGAAUAAAAAACAAUAAAAAUAACUUCAAAAUCAAAUAAAAUAAAAUGAAUUUUAUUGAAAAAUUUAAAAAAUAUUCAAAUAGAUUUUAUUUUUAUUCAUAAAAAAUUAGAAAAAAAAUAUUUAUUUAAGUUAAAGGUAAAUAUUUUGUUUAGUGCUCAUUUUUUAUUAGCAGUUAUUAUUAUUCGCUUUGUAUUUUUAUAUUUAAAUUUAACUUUUAAUUUUUAUUUUCAUAAUUAAUUCGUUAAUGUUUUUAAUUUUUCUCUUAUCUGAAUCAAUCUAUUUAUUUAUGUAAUUGUAUAUUUAUUAAUUAAUUAGUUAGUUGUUUGUUGCUUUCUUGA